AUGGUUUUUCAGUUUCGAAUAGAGACAGUGAGCCCUAAAAAUGAUAUAUUAGCUCCUCAAAACACAAAAACCACCCCUCCAGCCACCCCAAAAACUUACACUUGGAAAAAAAAAUUUAAGAUAAAAUCCUUCAAAGGGCCUUUUGGCUGGAGGGGUAGUUCCGGGGCAGCAAAUGCCUUGUUUCGAAUAGAGACAGUGAGCCCUAAAAAUGAUAUAUUAGCUCCUCAAAACACAAAAACCACCCCUCCGGCCACCCCAAAAACUUACACUUGGAAAAAACAAUUUAAGAUAAAAUCCUUCCGAGGGCCCUUUGAAGCUGGCUAUUUUUUGUAG